GGACAAUAUUUGUUUCAUAAGAGUGCUGUCUGACUGAGGGACAAUAUCUGUUUCAUUAGAGUGACUGAGGACAAUAUAUGUUCUAUAAGAGUGCUGUCUGACUGAGGGACGUUAUCUGUUUCAUAAGAGUGCAGACAGACUAAGGGACGAUAUAUGUUUCAUAUGAGUGCAGUCUGACUGAGGGACGAUAUCUGUUUCAUUAGAGUGCAGUCUGUCUGAGGGACGAUAUAUGUUUCAUAAGAGUGCAGUCUGACUGAGGGACGAUAUCUGUUUCAUUAGAGUGCAGUCUGUCUGAGGGACGAUAUAUGUUUCAUAAGAGUGCAGUCUGACUGAGGGAGGAUAUCUGUUUCAUUAGAGUGCAGUCUGACAGAGGGACGUUAUCUGUUUCAUAAGAGUGCAGUCUGUCUGAGGGACGUUAUCUGUUUCAUAAGAGUGCAGUCUGACUGAGGGAUGAUAUCUGUUUCAUAAGAGUGCAGUCUGUCUGAGGGACGAUAUAUGUUUCAUAAGAGUGCAGUCUGACUGAGGGACGUUAUCUGUUUCAUAAGAGUGCAGUCCGUCUGAGGGACCAUAUCUGUUUCAUAAGAAUGCAGUCUGACUGAGGGAUGAUAUCUGUUUCAUAAGAGUGCAGUCUGUCUGAGGGACGAUAUCUGUUUUAAAAGAGUGCAGUCUGUCUGAGGGACGAUAUAUGUUUCAUAAGAGUGCAGUGUGACUGAGGGACAUUAUCUGUUUCAUAAGAGUGCAGUCCGUCUGAGGGACGAUAUCUGUUUCAUAAGAAUGCAGUCUGACUGAGGGAUGAUAUCUGUUUCAUAAGAGUGCAGUCUGUCUGAGGGACGUUAUCUGUUGCAUAAAAGUGCAGUCCGUCUGAGGGACGAUAUCUGUUUCAUAAGAAUGCAGUCUGUCUGAGGGACGAUAUCUGUUUCAUAAGAGUGCAGUCUGUCUGAGGGACGAUAUCUGUUUCAUUAGAGUGCAGUCUGUCUGAGGGACAAUAUCUGUUUCAUAAACUAAUUCUGAAGUUUAACUGUAGAUAUACCCAAUAAUGUAGACGUACAAAAUAACAACAGCAAUGUAGCAACCAGUCCAAAUGUCAGUAAACCAACAUCCCCUCUGCGUUUUGUUGGCCAGCUGUUACAUCUGGGAAAUCGGCCACAGAAUAACAUCGUGAUGAAUGUGGAACGUCUUUUAAGACGAGGUAGUCUUCCUGCUUUCAGGAAAAAGUCUGACGCCAGUAAAAUCCCUGCACUGAAAGCUUUGACAAAGAAGAGUACAACACCAAAAAGUCCCAAUCUUGCCAAGAAACGACAGACAUCCCCAGACAAUGGUGUUCCGACAUCGAAGACUAAUUUAACAACGUUAUCCGUCACAGCACCUUCAGAUGAAAUGGUCCAUAGGAGUACAGAGGAUUUAGAAAGUGAGGAGGUGAGUAGCAGGGACAAUGGAAGCAGUGGUGAUGGUGCCCUUGAUGAAUGUGAUGGACAGACAGAGGGUACUGUCUCCGAUGUUGAGAGGACUAAACAUGCUAAAGAAGUCCUACAGGCCAAGAUCAAUAAGACCAUGGACAACAUUAAAGCUGAACAAGCAGUAAAAGAAGAACAUGUGAAUGAGUAUUUACGACUAGCAUCAAAUGCUGACAAACAACAGCUACAAAGAAUAAAGACGAUAUUUGAAAAGAAAAAUCAGAAAUCAACACAAACAAUUAGUGUUUUGACUAAAAAAGUAGAAAAUUAUCAUAAACGAAUGAAUGACUUGGAUACUUAUGGUUUUACUGGACAUAAACAGGCUAGAGAGAGGUUAAGGGACCUGGGACAAGGCUUUAAGGGAGUCGGUGCAAAUAUUGUUGAUGGUAUUACAGGGUUUUCUGGGGGUGUUGUUGGGAAUAUCAAAGGUGCUAAAGAUCAUAUAAAGUCAAAACCAGGCCAGUUAGCUCAUAUGAUAAAGAAUAAAUUUGGAAGUGCUGAUAAUAUAAACCAACUGAAGACAUCGAUAGAAGAUACAAGUAUUCCAGAGGGGGAGAUUAAAAAUCAGACCAGUACAUUACCAGCUAGGUAUGAAUACAAUUUCAAAUUUUCGGACGAUGAUAACUCAAGCGUGACAUCAGGAUCCGUAGGCUUAUAUCACAAUAGUCCACAGUCAGCCUCCCAGCAUACAUCACAACAACUUCCUGUUAUACAGCAGUCAAUAAAUAUGGAACCAAUCUUACAGGAACUACAGAAAUCUAACGAAGCCAACAAGGCCAUUCAGGAAUCUGUUCAACAAUUAUCUGAUGACUUUGAAACUUAUAAGAUUACUGCCCAGAGUGAUAUAGCUAUGUUAAAAACAUUGUUAGAAGAAGAACGUUACCGUGUAGAAAGAUUAGAAGUACAGAUAAACGACAUGACAGAACUACAGCAACAUGAAAUUCAGAAUCUACGACAGGACAUAACUGGUAUGGAGGAAAAAACAGAGUACAGACUUGACGAGAGGACCAGCGAUAUACAUGACAUGUUAGAGAACUGUACCACCAGGAUCACAAAGAUGGAGCUUCAGCAACAACAGCAACAGAUUAUCUCCAUGGAGAUGGUUGAGAAUGUGACCUUUCGAACUUUGUUGACCAAGUUACUGAAUGUUGUUUUGGCUAUAUUAGCUGUUAUACUUGUUUUUGUAUCCACACUUGCCAAUUGUCUUGCCCCAUUUAUAGCUAAUAGGACAAGAGUUUUGAGUACGACUGUGCUAAUUGUCAGUGUUGUGAUGAUGUUUAGAAACUGGGAAGGUAUAUCUAACCUUAUAGGAUCUAUAUUCAACUUUCUGAGUAGUUUAUUUCCACAAAGGUGACGAGGAUUAUACUAGUAGUACCGAAACUUGAUCUGACAGUUGGACAUACCCAAUAAUUAUUAUAGUGUUCUCAUAUUCACUUGAAAGGAAGGAGGACUUAUUUCUCAUUAAGAGGGAGAAAUCAUUUCUUGACUGGUGGCAACGAACUCAUUUUUACAUUCAAUAUCCAGUGAACAAUUAUGAAUUGAAUGAUGAAUCUGUCUUAUGGAUCUGAAAUUAAAGGUUGUCAACAGCUGUGCUGUUAUAAUGAUAGUUUAAGUAAGAUCUUUAUUAUAAAGUGAACUUCCAAUCAGAAACAAGCUGUACUGCUAUUUCGACCAAUGGGGGAACUGCUUAUAAUCAGUGUUGUUAUUUUGACCAAUUGAAGAGCUGCUUAGAAUCUGUGAUUUGUGUAAUUGGUGCUGGAUGUUGUCAAUCAAAAUGAUUGCUAACUGUCAGUAUAUAUUGACAGUUGUCAGUGUGGAUAAAAGUGCUCUUGAACUUUUGAUGACAAUGUUUUGCAUUGUUGUUCUUCAUGUGAUUAAGUGUUUUUAAUCAGAUAGUGAUGAUAAAGGUUUAAAAAAAAAUGUUAUUGUACAUGGCCAUUUUUUUUUUGUUAAGUGUGAGCGUAUGAUUUUUAAUAUGUGUAUGUCAAUUUAUGAGAUUUUAAUAGUUUGCUGUUAAAGUUUUUUUUAAAUGCAAUAGACGAAUGUCUUUAAAAUGUUCUAAUUUAAUAUUGAUCAGUUCCGAGCAUUAACAAAGACAGGUUUUAUAUUACAACUUCAGUUUGAAACUUUAAUGUAUAUUGUUUCUUAGAUUUUCACUUGUUUACACACUGUGUGAAAUUUAGGUGUUGAAUUAUAACAAUUUCAAAGUGCAUUAAUUGAAUUUUAAACUAAAUAUUAAAAAAGAUAUUGAAAGAAAGGGAGAUAUAUAUUAAUUUAUUAUAAUUUUUUUUUUUUAAUUUUAUUGAGAGAGGCAUUUUGGCAAUUUGAUAACUGAAUAUUGUGGGAGUAAAUGUAAUAUAUACUGUGAAGUUUGGACUUUUGUGAAAAUGAAACUCGAAAAGAGAGGUCAAAAAUACCAAUGGGAUAAUCAAAGUCAUAUGUCAAAAACAAACUGACAAUGCCAUGGCAAAAAAAACCAAAAAAUUAUCAAAAGACAAACAACAGUAUACAAAACAUGUCAUAGAAAACAAAGACUAAGUAACACGAACCCUACCAGAAGCUGGGGGGUGAUCUCAGGUGCUCAGGGAAAGGUAAGCAGAUGAUGCUUCUGAAUGUAAAAGUAUAAGCUGUGGAAUGAAGGCCUGCUUAGCCAGCUUAGGUACAAUUAAUAAUUGGAUACUGUCAACAUAAUUAUACCUUCAGUCAUUUAGCAUUGCCAAAAGUUUUAUUAUUAUUGAUGCAAGUAAACAGUGCCAACUGAGAAAUAAAGGUCUUUCUAUGUUGUAAUCAAUAAAUAAGAGUUAUCUCCCUUAUGAUAAAAUGGAGACUUUCUCCUCCCCUUUGUUAUAUUGUGCAUUAAUAUACAUCACUAUUUUUGUUAGAGUCAUAAGCCAUUAUUUCUAUGAAUGCAUUAAAGGGUUCAAUAGUUUUAACAUUACAUGUAUGCUUUUACAUUUAAGAUAUCAGAGCAUUAGUUAUUGUAUGAAGUAAUUUGCUGGUCAAAUUCAAUAUUCAUUCAAUUUUGGACAUUUUUUCAAUAUCAUGUUUUUUAGUGGUAGAUUUUAAUGAUGUUCUAUGAACAAAUAAUUACAUUUUCUGUCUUUCAUCAGUUAUCUAAUGUUCUCAGAUAUAUAACAAUUUAAAACACUUUCCCCAAAACAAUUCCUGAAUGAAGAAUCUGACUUUUAAUUUUGUAUCUUUCUUUUUUCUAUUUGGACAGGGUGACAAAUAUGUGUUGAGCCUUUUUUUUUGUCAGUGCUGGUUUUCAUGAUAUUGUCAGGUGUUUAUAUGUAUAUUUUGUUAUGGAUUCAUUCUUUAUUUAUUCACUGUGUUGUGAUAUAUGCAUGUUUGAAAGAAUUGUUCUAAUUUUUAACCCUUAAAAUCCAUGUAAUGGAAUGGUGAAUACUUGUAUGAUUGUUCAGAACAUUGAUUCUCCUAGACACAAGCCGACUCUAUAAAACAGACAUUGUUUUUUUUUCAUAGAAAAUAUCAGCAGACCAGUUUAGUUUGCAAACUAAGUUUAUUUCCUAAUAAAUAGUUGUGCAUUUCAUUUUUUUUUUUAAGUUUUGACUAUUUUAUAUUAUGUGAUCUGCCCUAAAAAGUGAAAAAUUAGACAUUGUUAUGAUAUUUGGUCUUUAAUCCAGACUUGCUGCUGUUAUUCAUUUAAGGUUAAUUAUGCAAAUAAAAAUGCAAGAGAACCUUAAAUUGAUAACAAAGGUGAAAGAAAAUCA